AGUCUGGUUCUUGCUCAAAUCCAGCCGAGAGGUGUCCAUCGAAAGUCGGAAGUUGGUUUUGAUAGUUUUGGUGAAACUCGACAAAAUGGCAGAAGACAACAGCUAUGAGUCAAUGCUCUGUGUAAAGCCCGAGGUUCAUGUUUACAAGAUCCCGCCGCGCGCUUCUAACCGUGGAUAUCGUGCUGCUGACUGGAAGCUGGAUGAACCUGCAUGGAGUGGUCGGCUGAAAAUCUCUGCAAAGGGCAAGAUUGCCUACAUUAAGUUAGAGGACAAAAACACAGGAGAGCUGUUUGCCCAAGCUCCAGUUGAACAGUACCCAGGGUGUGUGGUUGAGUCAGUCACAGACUCCAGCAGGUACUUUGUGAUCCGGAUAGAAGAUGGUAACGGACGUCAUGCUUUUAUCGGUCUGGGUUUUGCUGAUCGUGGAGACUCAUUUGACUUCAACGUAGCUUUACAAGACCAUUUUAAGUGGGUGAAGCAAGAAGGAGAGCUUGCAAAACAGGAAGCUUCUGAGAGCACAGCACCGAAGCUGGACCUCAGCUUCAAAGAGGGACAGACUAUCAAGAUCAGCAUUGGGCAAAACAUCAAGAAGAAGGAAGCAGGUGCCAAACCACGUCCCACGGGUGUGGGUCUCCUCCCACCUCCACCAGGUGCUAAGGUUGGAGGUGUAAUACCGCCUCCUGUGGGCGAGCAGACAGUCUCAGCUGUACCGACUAACUCUGCCUCUCUCUUAGACUUCGGGUCCCCUAGCCCUGCGGCCCCACCCAGCUCCGACGUGUGGGGGGAUUUCACGUCUGCAGGCUCCAACUCCAGUAAAGAUGCUGUCAAAACAGGAUGGGUGCAGUUUAGUUGAGUGGUGAGAAAACGUGCACACACUCAGGCCCCAUACAUUCCAUGGACAGGAUGAUUUUGGCAUAAAGAAACUAAAAGAAAGGAACUGUUAGCAAACUUGACUGGCUCAUUUGUUCUGUAAAGAAUAUGUUCACAUAAACUAGCCGGCUGACCAACACACUCUGGAGGAACAAACAGUAAACAUGUGCAUACUUUUUUUAUAAUCCUAUUCUUUUCUCAAACUCUGCCACCAAGUGGGACCUUUGUUUGAUUUUAGAAGUCGCUAAGACUAAACGGUGAUUGUUGGAGCGUCCGCUCUCCUGAAGACAAGUGAGCGUGUUGAUGGUCGAAAAGGAACGAUUGUCUUGUUACACUAACCAGAUGAAAACAUCUGUCCUUUGCCUUCAAUCAAAUGUUCCCUUAUUUUACAUCUAGUUUCAACCCCUUUCCCCUUUCUCAAUGCUAUCUGUCCAGAAUCAUUUUGGAUUGUGUCCCUCUGUCCCAUCAUGCUCCCGUCAUAGUUAUCUCAUUACACAAGCACCACUCAUCUCAAGGUUGUUUUUACCAUUUGGGGAUCGUUGGAUAUUUUCAAUGGGUAAACUAUGUUUUGUUAACUUUAUAGCAGUUUGUGUGCAUUUUUGUUUUGUUUCCUAGUUUUUUUUUUUAUUUUGUUUUAGAUCGGGCAAAGCUAUAUUCAUAUAUGAUCAUUUGUUUUAAAUUAAUUCAUCAAAUAUACCCAGGUUGUUUUAAUUAUGGUGUUCGAAACAGUCAUGAUGUAUAUUUCUUGUCUGUCAUUCAAAGUUUGAACAUGUUUUUGUUCAUUUUCGUCUUUGUGUAGGCCCUUCAUACGUCUUUGUCUCGUGCCUUGUUGCUUUUAAAAAUGUGCCGUUACCAAAUAGUAAUGUCAAUCUUGUUGCUAAUUUGCAUCAAGUAUUUGAUUAAGUGCCUUUCAGAAAAAGAUCUAAAAUGUAUAAAAUAUAAACCGAAGUCAUCUUGUAAAUAAACAAUAUAUUUCAUUGA